AUUUUGCCAACACAACGCCAAGUAUAAUACUCUAGCUGCACCUCUUCAUUUGCUUGUUGCUGUAGGCAUUUAGAGCGGGGUGGACGCGCUUGGGGUAGGCAGGUGCUUAAGCCUCUCCAGUCAGAGCAAACAAUACCAGUAUCAAGGGCAGCUAAGAUCAGCAUGCUUUUUCAACGCUAAGGCAUCACCAUAGUGUUCGGAAUUGUAAUGAAGAGAAGCCUUAACAGUGCAAGCUUGGAUGUCACCCCUGAUGCUGGGGAUGCGGCUACAUCCAGGUCCCCCAUCGCGGACCCCGCAGGGGGGGAGACCCAGGGGCCCCAAGUCGGUUCGGGGGCAGAGAGCGGCCCGGCGCCUCCUGCUGCGGAAGCUGCUGCUACUGCCAGCAUUCCCGACGCCGAUGCUGCUGCUGCAGCGCUGCCAAGCAGUCAAAUGGAGCCCCGGAGGAGCAGCAGCGGACGGGCGCGCAGGAGUCGGGUUCGGAAAGUGGACCCAUGGGAGGCCUACGUCCGGGACAACUGGAUCCCCACCCUGGAGCGCACCUUUGGUCCCGACUGGCGGCUGCACUGCCCCGGGGAGGUGGCCGUCAUCAUCUGGUGGGCCAUAGCCAGCCGCGCUGAGGCACCGCCCGCGGGACUCCCGGAGCAGCCGGCGGACAGGGCCACUGCAGCAGCGGCUGUGUCAGCCAUGGUGACAACCAUAAAGGAGCGACGCCAGCAGUUUGCGCUGAAAGCCAUGAAGCAGCUCAACCAGCAGCCUCAGGCCUCGUCGCCGCAGCCGACGUUGGCGGUGGCGCUGCCGCCGCAGCAGGGGUGUGGUGGGGAUGGGGAAUUGCCGUUACCCAUGCACGCGCUGCUGUUCCCUGUGACGGACCAGUCUUUGCUGCCGGGCGGGAAUGCUAGCGCCGGCGGCAGCAGCAGCGAGGGUGCAAGGACUUCGGGACCUGCCGGAUCACCUUCGAGCGGCGUGGCCGGGGCUGCUAACCACGCCCUGUGUCCCCAGCAGCCCCAGCGGCAGGUUGUGGUGCUCACCGCCCCCGCCAGCGCUGGCUCACCAGCGCAGGAGUCGGCAGGAGGCGCGCACAGCAUUGGCAGCAGCUGCAACGACGUUCCCUCCCAGGUUGCCUUGCUCGCUGCAUUUGUGCAGCCGGCGGUUACGUUGGGAGCUGGCAAGUUUGUCUCAAGCGCCGGAUUGCCUCAGCGGCACCGAUUGGAUCGUGGGGGAGGUGCGGCGAAGGACGGCGGCGACGGCAGCGUGGAGGUAAGCCUGAAGUCGGCGGGAAGCGACCCACGGGACGGUGUGCUGCCUCGGGGCAGAGCUCUGCAGCGAGGGAAUGGCGUGGUUGGCCCUGACGUCACGGGCUCGAGUACGCUUGUCAGCGGCGCUGGCGUUAGCCCCGAGGGGCGGGCAGGCCUGGCUCGUGGUGGUGGGGCAGCCGCACCGGCAGCGCCUGCGGAAAUGGCGGCGGCAGCAGCAGCAGCGACGACCGCAGGGCCCGCAACUGCAGCAGCCUCGGAGACGCGGCGCUCGGCUGCGGCGCAUGGCGAAGGCGCCGAGUGGGACUCGGCGGAUGAGGAGGACCUCUUUCAGCUGCUGCAGCAGGGCUUGGAAGCGAGGCUGGCUGUGAGCAGCCGGAAGCUGGAUGGCAGUGGAGCAGGGGUUGGGUCGGCUGCUGCUGCCGCUGCUGCGGGCGGGGUGGUACUGGCUGGACGCAAUACGCACGACGGUGCUGCUGGCGGUACCGGCGGAGGCAAUACCGCGUCCGGUCGUACUCUGCCCGUUCUUGACCUCUCACGCCCAUCCCAGAGUCUGGGAGAUGGAGGGGUUGAGGGCGGCAAGGUGGCACAGGAUGGCACUGCCGGCGCAAGAAGGGACGCAACGGCAGGUGGCGACGCUGGAAAAGACGCGCUGCCCAAGACGCGUGAUGGUUCGGUUGCAGGCGGAUCCGCCUACGUGCUGAAUUUGGAUCCUGCGUUCGCAGGAAUGCUAAAUGGCACCUCCCUGCGGUCCCUCCUCCACGCGGUUAGCGACGCUGCUGGUCAGCCACACGCCUCCACUGCUGCCGCUGCUGCUGCUGCUGCUACAACCCCAGCAGCAGCGCCUACGGGCGCGGUGCCGCCUAGCCCACUGCCCACCCAUGCAGCCUUGGCACCCUCAGACGGCUCCUCCAGCCGCCCUUUACACAUGCUUCCUCCGGCGGACUCACCUCCCACUGCAGCAGCCCCCACCCCGGCUGCUACUGCACCACCACCAUCACCACCAUCAUCAACUACGGCAGCCGGCCCCCUGACGUACAGCAUGCAGCUGCCGGACGGUACGACACUGCCCGUACAGCUCGUCCCACUGCAAAUCAAUUUCGGCAACGGUACAGCACCGCCUACCCCCGUAGGCAGCGCCCUUUCCGCUCUCGACCUCAGUGCUCUGACGGGCGCCAUCUGCGGCGGCCGCGGCGUGAUAGCUGAGAUGCUGAACCGCAGCGACUCAUUCGGCCGCAUGCCGUUGCAUGCAGCCGCCUCCACUGGGCGUUUGGAGGUGGUGGAGAGGUUACUGGCGCUGGGCUGUGACGCAGGGAAGCGGAUGGACCGGGAUUUCAUCCAUAGCGAGGGCGAGGGAGCGGAUGGUGGAUGCAGCGGCGGGGACGUUUUAAAAAUCAGAUCUGCUGAGGACGACGCUGAGAGCUCCACCUCCUCCGCGUACGACAUUGCCGUGGAGUACGGCACUCUGGGAGAUGAUGUUGACGCGGCUGCUGCUGCUGCCGGUCCCGGAGCAGCAGCUUCACAGCAACAGCAGCAGUCGCGGCGGCGCUACGGUGCCGACAUGCGGCUGCGACAGGCUGCGAGGAGGGCCCUGGAGGAGUUGCACACUCGAGGCAGCAGCGCCUGCAUGGAUGAUGACGAGGAGGAGGAGGAGGAGGCGGCCAGUGGUGGCGGCAGCCUCACGGAUAGUGAUGAGAUGGCGUUUGGCGCGGAUGAUGGGUCGCCGGCUUGCAUGAGCGUGGCACAAGCUGCGCGGCUGGGUCUGCAGAUAGCGCUGGAUACGUGUGGUGACCGUCUUACGCCCGACCAGCUGCACUUCUUGGCAGGCAAAUUCGCGGAGCAGCAUCUUUGGAAGGCUGUUGCUCCUGCUCCCAGGCACGCACGAACCAGCAUCAGCUCCAGCACAUAUGACCCGGCGCCAGCGGGCGAGGGUGAGGCCUCGCAGCAGCAGCAGCCCUCGCAAGCAGCUGGCGUUGCAGCCUUCGCUCCCGCAGUCGCUGCAGGGCUGUCGCCGGCCACAGGGACAGUCCCUGCGGGGUUGCCAGGCGGUGGUAUCAUGCGUGGACGGACGACGUACGCGGAUGGCCGGCGCAACAGGCGGCGUUCGUCGGUGCAGCAGCGGCACAUUAGCGGAAGCGGUGACGUGGUUUCGGCGCCUGGAUCGCCAUCAGAGGGGUCGCCGUCGGCGCCGGCUGCGGCUGCGACUAAUGCGGCAUCAGGGCAGGAUGAACGUGGCGUGGAAGCAGAGGCGGCACCGGAAACGGAAUCCGGAUUCGGCGGGAUUAACGCCAAACACAGCGAUCAAGAGGUAGCAGCGGGGACCCGUCGUACGACAGGCGAGCGGCGGAAGCGACAUGGCGACUCGUCAGGGCGAGGUCUCGGCGACGAAUGCCGUACAGGUGGUGGUGGCGGCAGCGACGUUGAAGAGACGAGCGCUGAUGAUGAUGACGAGGAUGGGGACGAGGCGGACAGCUCCGCCAUGCAGCUCAGGGGCUCCUAUGCUCCUGCAGCUGGAGUUGUUCCGGUGCCUGACGGCAAUGCCGGCGACAAUGGGGAGCCGUUGACGGGUCGGGUCGGGGUUGUGGGAGAGUAUACGGCAGCGUCUGGUGCUGCCAAGCAAGCCCGCAGCGGCGUGGCGGGGGAUGUUGCCGGCGCGGUGGGCAUUGGUGGCCGGCGGAGGCGGCUGCGUCGCCUAGCGCCGAGUGGUGCCGGUGCACGUGCGGCAGCGGAAGCCCAUGCGGGCUGUGGUGGCAGCUACCCCCGUGGCAGCAGCAGGUGCUACAGGCACAGCAGCGGCGGCGCCGUCGGCGGUGGCAGUGGGCAGAAGCGGCCGGCGGAUGGCGACGCAGCGGACGUGGGUUCAGUCGACGGCGACGGCUGUGGCGGCGCUGCCGCCGCUGGCGAGGAUAGCGGCGAAUGCGGCGGCGGCGCGGCGGUCACAGCGUCGACUUCUGGCGGUGCCGGUGGUGGUGAGGGUUACACCUACACUGGAGGAGACGCGGACGAAGGUGGUGGCGGCGGCAGUGAAGGUGACGUGUACGACGAUGACGAUGAGUACGACUACGAUUACGACACAGAUGGAGAGGGAGACGCCGACAUUGACGCAGAAGGAGAUGAUGCCGACGUUGACGUUGACGAUCUACAUGGGCUAGGCGCCGCGUUGUUGGAUGGCCUGGGAUCUCUGCCGCUGCCGUACGGUUUGGAUCUGGAUCUCCCGCUGGACUUUGAUUUGGCUGGCGGCGGCGCGCGCUCUCGUCGCGCUCGUGUGCCGCCGGCGUUUGCAGCGCGAGUGAGCUACCGCGGCGCCACUCCGCUGCACCUGGCGGCGGCUCACGGGCAUUCGGCGGUGUGUGAGGUGCUGUUGAAGUCGCUGGGAUGUGACUUGAUGGCUCGCACGGAACAGGGUCGCACCGCGCUGCACCUGGCAGCCCGCAACGGCCACGACGGAGUGGUGGCGCUGCUGCUGCGAGCCGCCGCCAGCCGCCCUGCAGCCCGCGCCGUCGCAUGCACCGCAUCCACCGCAGCAGCAGGUGCUGCAGGUGCAGGUGCAGGGGGCCGGGGCACUGGCGAGGCAGGAGAGCAGUUGGUGGAUGCGGUUGACUGUAACGGCCACACGGCGUUGCACCAUGCAGCUGCACUGGGGCACUGGCGGGUGGUGGAGCAGCUGUGGCCGCGGGGCGCCCGGAUCGACCCUGCCGACACCUGCGGCGCUUCCCCGCUGCACUACGCAUCCAUGUCGGGUCACGUGGAGACGGUGGGGCGACUGAUCAUAGGCGGUGCGGCGGUGCAGCGAACGGACCGGGAGGGCUUCACGCCGGCGCACCAUGCGGCGCUGAGGGGGCAUGCGGAGGUGCUGGAGAAGCUCCUUCUGGCGGGUUACGAGGUGGACAUGAUGGGCGGUCCCGCGGGGCCGCCGCCGCCGCUGCCGCCUGCUGGCGUGAAACCCGUGGAACCCGCGGGGGCGCCAGAGUGCCGCUGCAGUCCCGGAGCCGUCAACACCACCACCACCACCACCACCAAUUCUAACAGCAGGACUAGCUGCGCGGCUGCUGUGGCGGAGCCCCCCAAGGCUCCUUCCAUCGUGCUGCCACCAGCAGACGCCGACCCUCAACCGCAACGGCAGCAGCUGCAGCAACAGCAGACCGGUCGGUCACAGCCUGAACCCCCACAGCAGCAGCCAUCUGCCGCCGCUAGCCAGCACAAGGUAGCGGCGCCGGCAGCUGCUACAGCCGCUCCCACCUCUCGCAGCCCACCCGCUGCUGCUGCUGCUGCUACUGCCACCCAAGGCAACAGCGUUGGCGGCAGCGCUGGCAGCAGCAGCAGCAGCACCCCUAGCAGCACUGCUGGCGGCCAUACCGCGCUGCAUCUGGCAGCCUCCCGGGGCCACUGCGCGGCGCUGGCGGUGCUGCUGCGGAACGGCGCCUGCGUGGGUCGGCGGGACUGGCGGGGCUGUACGGCACUGCAGCGGGCGGCGGAGGGCGGCCACCGGGGCGCCUUUGAGCUGCUGCUCAUGCAUGGUUCCGACCCAUGGGUCACGGACACCUCUGGCGCCACCAGCCUCCAUUGCGCUGCUCGCGGGGGCAACCUAGCCAUCGUGCAGCGCCUGUUGGAGCUCCGGUUGCAGGCUGCGGGCGCGGCGGCAGCGGCAUCAGGGCAGCAGCGGCUUCUGGGGCAGCCGGCGGAGCAGGAGCAGGGCUCUGACGCUGUGGCGCCUCCACCGGAGCAGGGCUCACCCGACGCUGCUGCUGCUGCGGCUAGCGCAGCCCUCCCCUCGCCGCCUCAGCAGCAGCAGCCGGCGAGUGCUGUUGUUCCGGCUCAGUUGAGUGGCGGCAGCGGAGUGGGCAGCAGUGCGAGCUGCGGCGGCGUUGCUGGUGGUGCGGCGGUGCUGGAUGCGGGUUGCGCCUCGCAGGAUGGUCAGCUGCCGCUGCACUGGGCGGCGGCGGCGGGGCGGGCGGAGGUGGUGACGCGGCUGAUGCAGUUGGGGCCGGAGGCGGGAGGGGAUCCGCUGCGACAGGAUGCCCGUGGCGCCACUCCCUGGCACCUGGCCGCCGCCGCAGGUCAGGAAGCCGCCCUGCGCGCCUUCCUGACCGCCCCCGCCGGCGGCAAACCUGUCCCCGUGGACGCGCGCGAUGGAGCCGGUUGUACGGCACUUCAUCGCGCUGCCGCCGCCGGCGCCGCGGGUGCCGUACCCCUGCUGCUGGCGACGGGAGCGGAUCCGGCGGCGGUGUGCUGCGGCGGUCGCACUCCGCUGCACUGCGCCGCGGAGGCGGGUCUGGUGGGGGUGGUGGCGCUGCUGCUGGAGCGGCUUGACAGGGAGGACGUGGAUCGCCGGGAUGCCGCCGGCUGGAGCGCCCUGCACCACGCCGCUCAACAGGGCAGCACCCCCAUGCUGCACCUGCUGCUGCGCGCGGGUGCCUCCCCACACUCUGCCACCGCUGCCGGCUGGACGCCCGCCCAUUUGGCGGCUCGACAACACCAUGCAGACAUACUUCUCGCGCUGCAAGCGGCGGGAGCCGACCCACGGGUCAGGGACGCCGACGGUUGCACGCCGCCGCACUUUGCGGCACUGCGAGGCGAUGAAGGGCUGUUCAAGGUGCUGAUUAGGGCUGCAGCGGGGGCGGAGGAGUCGUCGGCGCCGGAUGGUGUCGACACGGCGGGGUCGGCGGGGGCUGUUGUUCCCCAAUCGCUGCUGCUGCCGGAUGCCCGCGGCUACACCCUGCUGCAUUACGCAGUGGAGGGCGGCAACCUGGCGAUCAUCAAGCAGCUGCUUGCGGCGGGCUUGGCGGAGGUGGCUGGCGACGCGGGGCGGGCAGCAGGGGACCCCGGCGUCGAGGUCAGCAACGACAACCAUGGCGGCGCAGGAGGAGGCUCCGAGACCGGGGUUGCUGUUGACCGUCUCCUAAGCGUCAGCCUGCCAUCCAGCGUCCUAUCCGCGCCGCCGCCGCAAGUGCCGCUGCCGUCACAGCCAGCUGCCAACGCAGCCGCUGCUGCCGCUGCUGACGAGCAGCAACUCUGCGUCACCUCCGCUGCUGCUUCCAGCCGCCCUCGCCCCGGCGCCGCCCCCGUCAGUGCGCUGCACCUGGCUUGCCGGCUGUGCCAGCCGGAGGUGGUGGAGCUGCUGCUGGCGGCGGGGUACGGCUCCCUGGCCCGCACGCCCUCGGGCCGCAUGGCGCCGCUGCACUUCGCAGCCAUGGGCCCAGGGGCGCUGCCCAUCGGCGACAUGGCCGCUGGUGGUGGCGGUGGUGGUGGUGGUGAUGUCAGUCAAGGGACUGCAGCGGAGGGGGCUGCGGAGGAUGGUGCUGCUGGUGCGGGUGCUGGGACGACGCGCUCGCCGUCGCCACCGCUGCCGCCGGCAUCUCCGUCGAGGGACGCCGCCACGGCGGCGGCGACGGCACCGGCAUCGCCACCCAGGCGGGAGCGACGCGCGUCGCCUUCCCCGCCGCCUCCACCGCCUUCUUCGUCAACUGCGGCAGGCGCCGGCACUCCUGCCGCCACCACCGCCCUGCGGUCGCGUUCCUCGCCGAAUCGCUCCACUUCUCCUGCGCCGCCGCCAUCCCUGCCAGCGCUGUCGUCCGUGAAGACGCCUUCCGCGCAGUCCCCACAGCGUCCCACCCAACAAUCUGCCCCACAGCAGCCGCAGGUUCAAUGCGCUCCGUCCCAAGCGCAGCCUCAGCAGCAGGGGGGCAGCGGGGCUACCGCUACCGUCGUUGCUUGCCACGCUAGGCAAAUGCGGGUUGUGGAGGCGCUAUUGGCGGCGGGGGCCGACCCACGGGUCAUUGAUGCCUUUGGGUGCUCUCCCCUGUCGUACGCAGCUGGCAGCGGGAACCCGGCGCUUGUGGUGCGGCUGUUGGCGGCGGGCUGCGAUCCGCUGCGGUCGGAUGGACGGGGCCUUACACCGCUGCACUGGGCCGCCGCCGGCGGUAGCGCCGAGGUGGUGACUGCGCUGCUGGCCGCCAGCGGGGGCGCCUCCGACCACCUGACUGCACUGGAUGCCGGCGGCCGCACCCCCCUGCACUGGGCAGCGGAGCGCGGCUCACAAGGCUGUGUGGUGCUGCUUACAAAGGCAAUGCUGGCAGCAGCCGCGGCAGCGGCGGCGGGGACGGGGACGGGCACCGCAGGCGCCGCCGCCCCGGCGGCGGCAGCGGCAGCGGCGGAUAUCCUGCAUGCAGUUGACGGCCGGGGCUGCAGCGCUGCUCAGCUGGCUGCCGCGGGCGGUCAUGUCGAGGUGGUCGCGAGGCUGUUGGAGGCUGGCAGGAACGCAGGGGAGGUGGCGGGCAUGUCUGCGCUGCACCUCGCGGCGAUGAACGGACUGGAGCAGGUCGUCUCGCAGCUCUGUGGCGUUCCUGGCUGCGACGUCAACGCGCGGGACGCCGAGGGUUUGACUCCGCUGCACGCCGCCGCGACCCGUGGGUCAUCUGGCAUCACCGCUCGACUGCUGGCCGCCGGCGCAGAUCCCAACAUCGCCUCUUCCGAGGGGCUGCUGCCGCUGCAUGCGGCUGCUGCGGGCGGGCACCUGGAGGUGGUGGAGCUGUUGUUGGACGCGGGGAGCCUGGUGCCGUACAAGAGCGGCGGCGGCGCCACUCCGCUGCACCAGGCGGCCAGCAAUGGUCAUGCGGCGGUGUGUGAGGUGCUGUUGGAGGCGGGGUGCCCCGUAAUGGGAAGGCUCGCCUCCGGCGCCGCGCCGCUCUACUGUGCCGCCGCCGCGGGCUGGGACGAGGCGGUGGAGGUGCUGCUGCGCAGCGGGGCGGAGGUGGACGCGGUAACCAGCUCGGGCUGUACGGCACUGCAUGGGGCCGCCACCAACGGCCAUGUCAAGGUGAUCUCGGCGCUGCUGGCGGAAGGCGCCGACCCGGACGUGCAGUCGGCCAACGGGCACACGCCGCUGCACAACGCGGCGGGCGGGGGGCACGUGGCGGCGGCGGAGGCGCUGGUGGCGGCGAGUGCCGACCUGGAUGUGCAGAACAGCAACGGCAACACGGCGCUGCACAUCGGCAGCUCCAAGGGCUACCUGGAUCUGGUGUCCCGGUUACUGUCCGCGGGCGCCGACGUGCACAUUCGCAACGCCAAGGGCUGGUGUGCCGUACACAGCGCCGCCAGCAACGGCUACUUUGAUGUGGUGCUCAAGCUGGUGCAGGCGGGCGCCAACUGGCGGCGUCAGGGCGACGCCGACGUGGUGCGGCUGGUGACACGCAAGACCACCCUGCGCGCCUCCUACGUGGAAGGCCGCCUGCGCCUGGCGGAACGCGAGCGACAUCGCAACAACAACAACGGAAACGGAAACAAUGGCAACGGAAACAACGGCAGCCAGCAGCAACAGCAGCAACAGACCCACGCGGGGUCAUGCACAGGGGCAGGCGAUGGCAGCAGCAGCGGCGGCACCGUUGGCGGUUGUGGCAGCAGCAGCGGUAGUGGGAAUGCUGUUUCUGGUGGUGUGUUGGUCGGCAAGGCCGGGGGUGGUGGAGGCAGCAGCGGACAGGGGGUUGCUGCGGCGAGUGGGGGCGCCCGGGUAGCUUCUGUGGCGAGCUACGAGGACCUGGCCGCUGCUGCGGACGCCAACAUGGCGGCGCUGCUGCAGGAGGAGGCGGCCGCCGCGGCCGCGGCAGCGGAGCGCAAGGCCAAGCAGCAGCAGAAGAAGGCGGCCAAGGCAUCCGCCAAGGCAGCGGCAGCAGCGGUGGUGACUGCUACGGCGCCACCGCCGCCUCCACAGCAGCAGCAGCAGCCGCCCACCAUUGACGCAAGCAGCGGUAACGGGGCUAGCUCCGAUAGCGCCAACGGCAGCAGCUCCUCCGAUAAUGGCGCUACCUCGGAGCCGUCCCGUGCCAAACCCUCUGGACCUGCCGGUGGAGGAGCUAGCGGUGGGGGAGGUGGUGGCAGUGACGCCACCACCCGCGGCCGUACCGGCAGCAGCAGCCGCUCUCGUGCCGCCGCCGCUGUGGGGUCCGUCCCACCUGCAGUCCCGACGUCCUCAAGGUCUGGCAACACAACCAGCGAACGGCAACAACAGCCGGCUGCUGCGGCUGCUGCUCCUGUAGCCGCCGUCCCCCCAGGGACUGCAGGAAGCUCCCGUGCUUCUAAAAAGGCCGCAGCUAGCAGCUCCGCAAGUGCUGCUGCCGCGGCUGCCGCUGCCGGAGGAGGAGGAGGAGCAUCUCCCGCUGCUGUUGUCACAACCCGCCCGCCAUCCGCGGGACGGGCAGCUUCCGUUGCUGCAGCUACUGCUGCUGCUGCUUCGGGCAGCAAGGGUGCCAAGGGCGGAGGGUCGAGCACGUCGUCUUCUUCAUCACCGUCACCUGCGUCGACCACGGCUGCGGCAGCUCCGGGCAGCGUAGCUGCGCCUCCCGCCGCCACCGCCGCCGCUGGAAAGGCCGCGCAAGGCAACAGCGCGAACAGCGGCAGCGGCAACAGCAGCAACAACACGACGACAACGGCACGCGCAACAAACAGUUCUGCGGGUGCGGGCCCCAGCAGCAGCGGCAGCGCUGGUUCUGGAGCCGCGACUUCAGGUGGCGCCGCCGGUAUGGCCGGCACAGGCGCCGGAAGCGGAAGCGCGCCUGCUGGCAAGCUGCAAGGCAAGAAGGCGACUGCAGGCGCAGCUGCCGCAGUGCCCGGACCGCGGUCUGCUUCUGCUGUGCAGGCGGCGGCACUGUCUGCCCCUACUGGCGGCAGCAGCAGCACGGUGGCUGCUGCACCCGGCGGUGCUGCUACCACUGCCAAGCAGCAAGCGCAGCGCACUGCUGGUGGCAAGGAAACACCGGGGGCUGCUGUAACGGGGUCGGCAGCAGCUGCGGCAGCGGCAGCGGCGGCAGGAGAGCCGGCAGCUGAUGGGCCCGCAGGAAAUGCGCCGAGCGCCAACAGCAAGAGCGGUGGGGCCACCGCUGCAGCGCUGCGAACCGGAGCUGCUGCGCCUGGCAGCGGCAGCGGCAGGGCUGGCGGCGGCGCGGCAGCCGCCAACGUCAUUGCGUCGCCGCCGGGCAAGAUGAGCAAGUUCAAUGCCGCUGCUGCGGCUGGGGCAUCCGCCGCCGCCAGCAGCAACGGACCGUCGUCGUCGUCCUCGGCGGUGACCCCCGCUGCCUCUUCGGCGCUCGGAGCUCCGGAGGGGAGUGUGCCGCCGGCGCCGGCGGCGCCGCAGCUGGCGUCGCGGGCAUGGGCAGCGAGGAGCAGUUCCGACACCAGCAACGCUAGCGUCGCCGCCGGAAAGCCCGUCACGCUAGCUCAGGUGGUCGCACGGGCGGCAGCUGGUGGCAAGCAGGGCGGCGGUGGCGGCAGCGGUCCUGCCUGGGGUGGCGCGGCGGCGCGGCCUCCAGCGGCAACGGAAGGCAGCGGUGCCGCAUCCGCCUCUACAGCCUCUACGAACACAACGCCAGCUGCAGGCGGAGCAGUGUCAGGAGCUCCCAGGAACCGGGAUGCUGCUAGCCGCAAUGUGGAUGGCGCACCAGGCGCAUCGGCGCCAGGCUCGGCGCUCACCCCCACCCCCGCAUCAGCUGCUGCUGCUGCUGCUGCUGUGACGGCCGCCGCGGCUACACAACAACGGCCGGUGCCGGUAACGCAACAGCCGCCGCCCCCGCCCCCGCAGCCCCAGCAACCCCAACCCCACCAGCUCCGCUUCCCUCACCAGCCGCACUCGCAGCCUCCGCCUCCCCAGGGGCCAGCCCACGCCACCCCUCCACCCCAGCCGCAGCUCCACGCCCCGCCGUCUUCAUCCCAUGCCGGCGGCGCCCCUCAUCCCGGCCCUCGGCCCCUUGCCUCAGCCCAUUCGCACCCCCAUGCCUCCGCUCCCAGCCCUGCUGGCAGCAGCGCCUCCCCCAUUGCCGACUCCCUGCGGCGACCCGGUCCCAGCCCCGUGCCUAGCCCCAUCCCGCUCCCUCCAGGCGGCCCGCCGACCUCGGCGGCUGCCCUGCCCGGCUUCCCGGGGCCUGGCGGCAUGGGAGCGCACCGCCCUGGCAUGGGCCCCAUGCAACCCCCGCCUCACCACCAUCACCAUCACCACCACCAUCAGCAGCAGCAGCAGCACUACAGCCCGGCACGAGCAACUGCCGUUAAUCACCAGGGCGCGGCAAGUCCCUUUGGAAGCAUGGACGGUGCGCCCGAGCAGCCCGGCUCAGCUAACGCCGCCGCUUCUAGUGCCGGAGCAGCCGCCGCAGCAGCAGGAGGCUUUCCUUCUCGUGCGACAUCCAGCCAGCCGGUUUCUCCCAUCCGCACCUACCGGCCGGGCGGUGCGGGUGUGGGUGUUGCGCACGGUUCCGCCAGCGCCGCGGGGCCCGGUGGCGGUGGCAUGCCGCCGCUCCCUCCGGGCAGCCUUCCCUCUCAGCCGCCCGUGGACUGGUCCUUUGCGACUUUGGGGCCCGGCAAUGGCGGCGCCGGCGGCAGUAACGGCGCCGGCGGCGCAACCCCUGGUGCGGAGGCGCUCAGGCGGCAGCACCACUACCACCACCACCACCACCAUCAUCCACCGCCGCCACCUCCGUCACUGGCGUCAGCAGCCUCGGCGUCGCCUACGCCACUCUUCAGCUCUUCACCCGCGACGCCGCUGCCUGGAUUCUCCUCCACCGCCUCCGCCGCCGCAGCAGGGCCGUACCCGGCACACUCUGGGGGCCUCGGUCUGAGGUCGGGUUCGGGGCCUGUGAUGCCGUCUGGAGGUCUGUUGGGCCUGGGCGGUGGUGGAGGCGGCGCCGCCGCAGCAGCCCCUUGGAACGUACUGCGCCCCCUGGGGACCGGCGGCGGAGGCGGCGGCGGCGGUGGUAGUGAGCUGCUUCCCAGUGAGGAGACCUUCCAUAGUCCUUUCGGCGUGGGCUUGUCGUCCUCCGCGCCGACUCACCAGCGGAUCGGGCCGCUGCCUCCGCCACAGCUGUCGGGCGGAGCAGCAGCGGUAACGGCUGGCGGUAACGGCGGUGGCGGCGGAUCCGUCCUGGAUAGCACAUGGACCUGGGGACGUCUGUGGGGCCCCAGCGAUAACCAAGCAGGCCCCAGCUCGGCCUUCAUACCUGCCUUCGCGUCCGGCGGCACGCAUGCGACUGGCGGCAUUGGCGGCGGCGGCGACAGUGUUUUCUUCCGCACCAGCAGCAUGGCUUCCCUGCAUGUCUCGUCGACAACCGGUGCUGCCACGACUGCAGUGGUGGGCACCACUGCCGGGAGCUGCGGCAGCCCGCCGCGUUGCACCUCCUCCUCCUCCUCCUCGCUGCUGUUCCCUCCGCAGCCGCAGCAACAGGAGCUGGAACAGCACGGCGGGCUGCGCAGCCACCCCCACCACCCGCCCCACGUGAGCAGCAGCCUCACCACUGCUGACCCAGCCGCCAGCAGCCUCCUGGCCGGCGGCAACAGCAUCUGGUCCUUCAAGCCCUCGGACGCCGCUAGCAGCGGCAUCAGCGCCAGCGGACUGGCCGCCUCCGCAUUCUCGCCGCUGGCGCAGUUCAGCGGCAGCUCCGCCGGCGGUGGCGGCGGCGGCGUACGGCAUUCGGGCCGCUCCGGCGGCCCAACGUCUGCUGGCCGCGACGUUGCCGCGGCCUCCACCGCGACGCCAAAGUCCGCUUUUGCAGCAGCCGGCGGCGGUGCUGCCCGUGGCUCCGUUGACGCCAACUCAACCUCCACACCGGGGCUAUCUCCCGUCUCCGUCGCCAGCCCGGGUCCCCCUGUCGCAUCCUCCACCACCGCCAGCGGCGCUCUGCAGCCGCAGCUGGCGUCCAGCUACAGCCAGUUCCACUGCCCUCUGACGCGGCAGGUGAUGACCGACCCGGUGGUGGCGGCGGACGGCUGCACGUACGAGCGUGCGGCAAUCGAGGCGUGGUUGCGUGGCAGCGUCACGUCUCCCGUGACUGGGGAGCACCUGGCGAGCCGGGAGGUGGUGCCCAACUUCACCAUGCGUGCGGCUAUACAGCUGCUGGCCAGGCAGUGAUGGAUCUGAUGGUGGUGGGUAUGAUGGCAGGCUAGAGGCUGGUAGCUGGCGGGCGGGUUGGGCUCGCUCGUUAGGUCCCUGGUUACCGCAUGAGUGCGUUGCUAGGCGGUGUUUUGGGGCGCGUUGCUUCUGAGGUGUGCAUGGAGCUAGGUAGAGGCAUGCGCAGGUAGGCUUCAGCGCAGGCCAGAGGCCAGGGUUGGAGAAGCACAUGCAGACGUGUGGGCGCGCUGGCGGUGCGGUGCGUGGAAAAGCGGUUGGUAACAGCAACAGAUUUCUGGUGUGUAUGCAUACAUAGCGCCAAAGGCGAGAUGCGUUGCUUUCUUGAGCACACUGCGACAGUCAUGCUGCAUGGAUAGCUCUUUUUAAAGCAUGUUGAGGACUGCCAUCCUUGGACAGCGUAGGCUCUGUGUUUAGUUGCAGUUGCGGAAACAGCGUAGUGCACGAGGAGAAGGGGGCUGCGCUCAUUUCUUUGCCCAAAUAGCUAUUGUUAGACGGAUCGGGGUUCAGAGAGGCUCUCGAGCAAAGUAGAGGUCACAUGGAUUGCCCUCAAUAUCGCACUGCUGCAAUACACAGAGCUAUUUGGCCCCAUGUGCAGCGCUGGGCACGGGUAUGCACGUGCUAGGCCGGUGCAUGACAGAGCCGUUUGGUUACUGUGUGCGCGUGUGCUCUUGUUGUUGGUUUGUUCGGUUGUUUGUUCGUUACGUUUUCCCCGUGUCUACGUCCCCGUAUGGGGGCAUUCGUCUGUGCUGUUCGAGUUUUGCUCCAGAGUCUUAAACAAUCGCAAAGGCGUUAGUUUAAGGCGCUGACUAAUGCUCCCCCGAAUCAGCUGAAUGAAAGCACAGCUGGUUUGAUGUGCGGGGGGGGGAGGGGCCGUACCCGAAGCAGAAAACAUAAUACACGCGUUACCCGCAUCACCUGGUGCUGUUUGGGAGGAAGCCAGGGAUGGAGGGGGUGGUUGUUGGUAGAAGCUGUUGGGGCGAUGGACAGCAAGGGGAGCAUGCCACUGCUGCUCACUGUAAUAGCCUAAAGGAGAAGCUGCAGAGGUUGUUCUAGGAGGGGGCGUUUCCUUGUGCAACGCAGUGUGUGUUGGCCUUCGACAACCCGUGGGCUUUUGGGUAGGCAAGAUGCAAUUGUUGUUGUGUGGGGCCGAGGCGACGAAGGUGGGGUGCAUAUGCCUGCAUAUUCGUGCCUUAUUUGCAGGCGGGAAGGUAGGAGGGAGAGGCGGCCCAUGCGAACAAAUGUAUGUGCGCAUACUCUUCCCUUUCUUCCGUGACUUGUCUUGUGGCCGGUUACUAACUUUCGCUAUAGAGACGCUAUAACUGUUCGACUCUGUUAUUAUCACUGAUACCAUAACAGGAUUAACCAAUGGUAUUUGCUUGCAGUUCAGCCUUACCCCUCACGACGAUUUUUGGUUCUUCCAGUCUCCCGCUGCUGGCUGACACGGGGACGGAGGGGUACUUUGUUGGCGUGUGUCACCUCGUGCUACACCGCUAUCCGUGUGCGUGUCGUGUUGCCGUCGUCCGACGUGUUGCUCGUACCGUUUCGCUGCAACACGUGAAUCCCGGAGUGGUGCUUUGUGAUUUGACUGGAAUCGGGGUAUCAGGUUCUUUAAUGUUCUGGUUCUAUGCAGUGCUUAAUAAGCAAGCACCGGUAUGAACGUAUGGUGUAAGGCCCCAACUUGGUCUUGGAAGGAAGUUCAAAAGCAGGAAUUGAGCGCCUGUGUGCGAUGAACUGAUAAUGAGCUCCGUACAUCUGGGUGCACACAUGCCGGGAUGCUUGUCCUCCUCGCGUCUCCGUUGGGGCUUUACCGUGCACAGACGCCGUUACUUCGAAGAAAUAGUAACGGCAAGACAUCGCAUCUGAGGGGAAGGUGUCGGAGAAAUGUUUGGUUACGCCGAGCAGAGACACGUUCCGUGCUUGGCUCGGCGAACACCGCGGAGCAAAAUCACCCCCGGGGCGUAGGCGCUCGUGCCAGGACUGUUAACUUGACAGUGUUGCAUGUACCGAUAAAGCAUCCAGGAAAUGGCCAUGCCAAGUCCAGGUGGCACAGUAAUUUCUGAUGUACGGCACACUAAAUUCGUUCGUCAUAACGUCAACAACCACGUGUGAACGUCAUACGCGCAGAGAUUUGCUCCUACUUGACGGUCCCUUAGUGCUUUAUCAACUCGCAAUGUUGACUUCCCCUAACCGAUACGAAUGCCAUCGUCUCUUUAUGUUGGGGGCUGCGUAUGCUCGGCUUUUGCCGGCGCGUUUAUUGCAUUACAAAGUGGAACAAAUGCGACAUUAGGUUCAAUAGCGGGUCGGAGCUUCGCUUCAGUUGUCAGCUUUGCUGUGGGACUCGGAACCUUAGUGGUGUUCUUCCUAGUCGAUUUCUACGGGUUGGGCCAUAAAGGACCAACGCAUGAAACCGUCGCGAGCGUCCCCUGGUGGGGCUGGAUCGGCGGUGCGCUGGGCGCCUGGUACGUGGCAGUGGUCAUCAUUUUCGCGCCCACGUUGGGGGCCGCGACACUGAUGGCGGUCUUCGUGACGGCUCAGCUGAGUACGGCAGUGCUUCUGGACUCCAUGGGUUGGAUGGGCUUCAGCAAGCGGCCCUUCCACUGGGCGCGACUGGGCGGGUUGUUGCUGAUGGUGGCGGGCGUGGUACUGAUCACCCACUUUGACGGCACCACCAGGACCGCCAGCAGCAGCAGCAGCACCGGCAGCACCGCUGCUGCUGGUGCUGCUGCUCCGCUGGGCCCUGUUGCUGCGAACAUUGCUGCAACUGAAAACAACGCAACAAUCAGCAACAAGACCAGCACCACACACGACGGCGGCGCCGGCGGCGCCAUUGCGAAGAACACCUUGGUCGCAGCAAAGGGAGCAGCUGAAGUUGAUGGUGUUGUCGGGGGUGCAAGCAGCAAUAACAGCAGCGGUAGCAGCAGCCUUGUUGACGGGGGGCGGCGGCUGCAGCAGCAGGGGCAACCGCAGGCGGUUGUUAGUGUCGCCAAUGGGUCGCUAGCGGGAGCUGACGGCUUAACUCAUCAUCAUCAUGGGCAGCAGCAGCAGCAACAACAGCAACAACAGCAACAACAGCAGCAGAGGUUCACUGGGGAGGAGGGACAGGUGGUUCUUGAGGUGGCGGGCGCUGGCAGUCACGAAAGGAAUUUGCAGGGAGUGGCGAUCAGCGGCAUCAGCAGUCGCUGGUGGCGGAGACUGCGAGACUGGUCGGCUGUGCUAGGGUUGUGACAUGCAAGACGUUCGAAUGCUGCUGCUGCUGCUGCUGGUGUUGAGGGUGGGAGUGGGGGCGCGGGCUGGGGCGCUUCAGGAGCCUGAAGGGGCGAUACACGCAGAGCCGCUGCUGCUGCUGUUCCUACUGUUCGAGCGGAGGCGGAGGUUGGGAUGGAGCAGGGGCCACGCGGGAGGGACGGUCCUACAAGCCGUCGUCAGCCUUCCUGAUGGGGGCGCAGCUGGGGCGACGCUAGCAGCGAGGUGAUGUGGGUUGGGUUGAGGGCUCGGAGAGUCGGUGAGACGUGUAGAGGUGGUUGGGCAGUGAUCAGCGGUGUCCAAGUACAUUUGGGGUGUGAGAUGUGAGUGCUAAUGUUUGAGGGUGUUGAGGCAACAACCGGUACUAGGGAUGCUCGUUGUCAUGUACUCCGUGCGCACGUGCUCAUGUGCUGCGGUGUGCGCCGUGCGAUUCGCCGACUCUGCCGCCGUACGGUACGGUCUUGUGGGUGGCGCGGUGUGCAGCUUCCUGGGUUGCGGCUUUCGGAAGUGGGGAGGUGGCCUGGCAUCCUGUCUCGUACGCAAGCUGCAGUUAAGUCGGGGGCAUGUGCUGUGCGGCGUGGUCGCCACGUGCUAGGGGUGGUGGGGACCUAUUCAUCGUUCCGUUGCCGGCGGCGGUGUGCUCGUAUGGAAAAGUGUGGCACUGGAAAGUAUGGUAUGUUCCCCUUUAGGAAAGUAUGGAAAGUGGAUGAAGCCUACUAAUGAUACUAAAGCUUGUGGAAGGACGCAUCGGGAAUGAUGCGAUUUUAUGUAUCAAGUCAGUUAUUGAUGCUGCUGCCGUCGUACGCUUCGGGGUAUACGCGUCAAAUUCCGAGUUCGGGUAUGAUGCCUAAUAAUGAGUAACUAUGAUAGUACUGGCACCCGCUGGUGUGCGCACGUAUGCGUCUUGGUGUGUUUCAUCCUUUCGUGUCUGUUUUUGUGUUCGGACCUGCUCCUUCGUUAAUGCUCGGUGCUCUCUCUCGACGAACCUCGGCUAGCCGCUGUUUCGUGUGUUGGGGUCGUACUGACAAGUGCAGGGACUGUUCCCGGCACGCUUCUCGGGUUACCGGGGCGGGCACGCUGUCUUCAUACUGUCCCUUAAAACCAGAGACUGUGGACAGGACUGUAAAGCAUUACCGGCAGCGGUUAGGCCUGUUCCGUGACUGACACCCAUAUCCACGGCUGUUUUCCCCCUUGGCCGUGGAAGACAUGUGUUGCAUGGUCCCACGGAUGCGCCUCCCGCUGUAUGUUGCGCUUUAAAAACAGGAAGCGGAAAGCUGCCGUGCGGCGGGCGGUUAGCGGUUACCUUCCAGGAACUCGUAGGUUCCAUUAGCUGUAAUUAUAGUGCAGUAAGUUGCCAGGUUCCGUAGUUAAAGUACACUGCGCAGGC